AUGGACCCCGGGCAGCAGCCGCCGCCCGCGCCGGCCCCGCAGGGCCCCGGGCAGCCGCCCGCGCAGAGCCCCCCGGGCCCCGGCCAGGGCCCGCCGUCCGCGCCCGGGCCGCCCGCGCCCCUCGCGGCGCCGCAGGCCCCGCCCGCGGGCCACCAGGUGGUGCACGUCCGCGGGGACUCGGAGACCGACCUGGAGGCGCUGUUCAACGCCGUCAUCAACCCCAAGACGGCCAACGUGCCCCCGACGGUGCCCAUGCGGCUCCGCAAGCUGCCCGACUCCUUCUUCAAGCCGCCCGAGCCCAAGGCGCACUCCCGGCAGGCCAGCACGGACGCGGGCUCGGCGGGGGCGCUGACCCCGCAGCACCUGCGCUCCCACUCCUCGCCCGCCUCGCUGCAGCUGGGCGCCGUGUCCCCGGGGGCCCUGGCGCAGGCCGGGGCCGCCCCCGGCGCCGCCGCGCCCGCCGCGCAGCACCUCCGCCAGCCGUCCUUCGAGAUUCCCGACGACAUGCCGCUGCCGGCCGGCUGGGAGAUGGCCAAGACGCCCUCGGGCCAGAGAUACUUCCUCAAUCACAUGGAUCAGACGACAACAUGGCAGGAUCCCAGGAAGGCCCUGUUCUCCCAGAUGAGCGUCGCUGCCUCCACCAGCCCCUCCGUGCAGCAGACCUUGAUGACCUCAGGCCCUCUACCUGAUGGCUGGGAGCAAGCCACCACUCAGGAUGGAGAGAUUUACUACAUCAACCACAAGGACAAGACCACCUCCUGGCUGGACCCCAGGAUCGACCCUCGCUUUGCCAUGAACCAGAGAAUCAGUCAGAGCGCCCCUGUGAAGCAGCCGCCGCCCUUGGCACCCCAGAGCCCACAGGGAGCCCUCCUGGGAGGCGGGGGAUCCAACCAGCAACAGCACAUGCGGCUGCAGCAGCUGCAGAUGGAGAAGGAGCGGCUGCGGCUGAAGCAGCAGGAGCUGCUCCGGCAGGUGAGGCCACAGGCAAUGCGGAAUAUCAAUCGCAGCACAGCCAAUUCUCCAAAAUGUCAGGAACUCGCUCUCCGCAGCCAGUUACCCACGAUGGAGCAGGACGGCGGCACGCAGAACCCCGCGUCUUCCCCCGGGAUGACUCAGGAAUUGAGGACCAUGACCGCCAACAGCUCAGACCCCUUUCUUAACAGCGGCACCUAUCACUCCCGAGACGAAAGCACAGACAGUGGACUCAGCAUGAGCAGCUACAGCGUCCCCCGGACCCCUGACGACUUCCUGAACAGUGUGGACGAGAUGGACACAGGCGACACGAUCACCCAGAGCGGCCUGCCCUCACAGCCCAGCCGCUUCCCUGACUACCUGGAGGGCCUCCCCGGCACGCACGUGGACCUGGGGACGCUGGAGGGCGACGGGAUGAGUGUGGAGGGCGAGGAGCUGAUGCCCAGCCUGCAGGAGGCCCUGAGCUCCGACAUCCUCAACGACAUGGAGUCCGUGCUGGCCGCCACCAAGCUAGACAAAGAAAGCUUCCUCACGUGGUUGUAGAGCGCGCGGGCCGUGGCCGGUCUGUGAAGGAGACGAGGCCCCGCGACGUCCGCGUGCGCCGCCUGCUACUUCCCCGCUCGUCCCCAGCUGGGAGCAGAGCUGCCGGCCUCCCCGAAGGAUCAAGGAAACCCCACAAACAACCUUCUUGUUUCUUUUGCUACUGUACCUACUGUUGGUGUGGCCGCCUGCGUGCCCGCCGCUGCCGCUCCUCUGCCAGUCGGCUGCCCCAUGGCUGUCCUUGCGGUCCGUCGGAAGCUGUGUGUUCAGUGGCCGGCCCAGCGGAGUGCACGGCUGCCCGCAGCCAGCGCGGGGCCUCCGUGGCCAAGCCCUUCACACGCAUCCAGGAGAGGCUGGGCCGGCCGGCCAGGCUCCCACCUCCACCAUCUACUCUGGUGUUGCAUGAGUCUCGCAGAGACCCCGGUUUUACCGUAGCAGCAGUUCCCGUACAGGGUGGUAAUGACUGCCGCACUCUCUAGCAGAGGUCUGGGUGGAUUUUUUGGGGGGGGGUGUUAGAAUUGUUUCAUUGUCAUGGAUGGCUGGUUUUUUGUCAGAACCUACACAGAUGACUAGUGAUUCUGUUUAUAGUUGUAGCUUAUGAUGGUUAUUGUAGUUCUUUUGGUAAAAAGAAACACCUAUAUUUCUUGAUUUUUUUUUUUUUUUUUUUUACCAUUUUAUUUAAAUCUGAAUUGUCUGCUCUCUAGACACACACCAUGUUUAUAACAGUGCCAUAGCAGAAUGUGUCUUGUCUCAUUUUUUUAAAAUCUUUGUUAGGUUUGCCUACUUUCCAAGUUACUUUUUAAAGUGAGUUGAGUCUGUAUGUAGACCCCAUGGCAGUGGUGAGGUCUGUGUGAGGCCUGCUCGGUGCCUGGAGGUGUCUAAAUAAAUGCAUCCAGGAGUGGCCAGAAGCCAACCAGAACAGCCCCCACCCCACCCCGCCAUCCCCGCUCUGGCCUAGUGAGUGAUGCGGGACGGGUGAGCUGGGCAGCGGCUUCCCUCCAGCUCUGGAAGUUCACCUUUGCCUCAGAUUCAGAAGUAAAUUUUAAUGUUUGGUUCUCAGUUUUGAAUGGACGCAUUGGAGCCUGGGUUGAAGUGUUGCUGAGUCUGCGAGAUGCUCCCAUCUGCUGAGACCCGGCCUCGGGCCCUGUGCAGAGCCAGUGGCGCUCAGCUGCGAACUGGUCAGGUUAAUCCAUGUAUGUUGGUAGUUGAAUUUAGCAAAGAAGUAGAUCUAAGCAUGCCUGUGUCUUUGUAUUUACGGAAAGAGCUGUAACUAGAGUAUAUGUCUACAGGAAUAGCAAUGGUUUCCAAAGAAUAUUUUUAAAGGAAGUAAGUGAGCAUGAAUUAACUCUUCAAUAUAAGCUAUGAGGUCAUAGUUGGUUAUGAAUUGUAACAGCACCAGCCUCUGUGAUUUUAAGGGUCUUUGCUUCUGGUAGAAGCCCUUAUUUUCAAGGGUUUUUAACAGACAAAAAUCUUUUCCUGGAUAAAGCUGGCAAAAGCCUCAGCUUUUAGGAAGGUAGAUUUUCUUUUCCUUUUUUUUUUUUUUAAUU